CCCUUUCUCUCUAGUCCCUAAACCCCCAAAUCAGAGAGAGAGAGAGCAAAGCAGAGCCGUAGUGUGUGCGUGUGUGUAAGAGAGAGCUCAGCUGGGUUCCUUUCUCUCACUAGAUCUGCCCACUGGUGGUGUGCCCCUGCCUUGCCUUUGCCCAAAGCCGCUCCUGCCCCGGCCUUCUUGCUUGCUUGCCUGCGGUGUCACCCACUGGCCACUCCCUCUCUAUGCGUGCUCUGCCCCUGUCUCCAUGUGCUGGUCUCGCCGCUCUAACUAACCACCACCCGCACCGCACAGCAAUGCCAAGCCUGGCGUCACUGGAUUCGCGCGCACGGCAUUGCAAUGCCGCUGCCGAUCGAGGCGUGACGGACUAGCCAGCCGGCCGAGACGAGCAAGCAAGAUUUCGUCUGGUUCUGUUGGGGGGCGGUUGGCUGCUUGCUUGGCUGAUUCCUCUCGGGCGCAGCACCCGCCGCCGCCGCCGGCAUGUUCAAGUCGGCGAGGUGGCGCGGCGCCGGCAAGGCCAAGGCCGUGUUCAAGCUGCAGUUCCACGCCACCCAGGUGCCGGAGCUGGGAGGGGAGUCCAUGAUGGUGGUGGUGACGCCGCAGGACGUCGGCCGGCCCACGGCGCGGACGGAGCGCGCGGAGGUCGCCGACGGCGCCUGCCGCUGGCCCGCCCCGAUCUUCGAGGCCACCAAGCUCCCCUCCGGCAAGGCGGCCGCCGGCGACAAGAUCUACCAGUUCCUCGUCUACGAGACCGGGUCGGCCAAGGCGGCGCUGCUGGGGGAGGCGACGGUGAACAUGGCCGAGUACGCGGAGGCGUUCAAGCCGUCGGCGGUGACGCUCCCCCUCAAGGGCAGCCCCGCGCCCGGCGCGCUGCUGCACGUGACCAUCCAGCGGGUGGUGGGUGGUGCCGGCGGUGGGUGCGGUGACGACGGGAGUGAGAACGGCGACACCGCAAAGUCUUCGCCGCGGAGGACGCUGCAGAGCCAGCUGAGCCGGUGCGAGGACGAGGAAGCCGAGAAGGCGAGGUCGCUUGCUGCCGAUUCGAUGAGCCCUGUGCAUGAUGGAUUGGUGAUAAGCAAACCACCAGGGAUGAGGUUUCCCUUGAGAAGAAAUAUGCCGGCAUCUGUUGAGCCGGCCGGCCACCUCCACAAUGCCAAUGGCUUUGACGCCGUUUCGUUGUCGGGUUCAGAUGGGAGCUCAGGAAGAUUCACUCCCAAAACCAGUGCGAACAUGCAUAGCACAUUUCUUCAGGAUGCGACCAAUGUCCUCUCGCCUUUUGCCAACAAUGCCACCUCGAGAAACCCAUUGAGCUCUGGUGACUGGUCAGGAAGCUCAGCUCCUGACGCUAGCACUGAUGGGUCGACGAGCAACUCGGGUGAGACGGGGUUGAGAGGUGCAGAGGAUGAUGUAGAGAAGCUGAGAAGUGAGAUAGGGACUUUGACAAGAAAACUGGAUGUCUCAGACAUGGAGUUGCAGACACUCAGAAAGCAAAUUGUAAAAGAGAGUAGGCGAGGUCAAGACCUUUCCAAGGAAAUGAGUAGCUUGAGGGAUGAGAGGGAUGCACUCCGAGGAGAAUGUGAAGGCCUUAGAGGGAUGAAGAAGACGAUCCAUGAUGCAAAUGGAUCAGGUAAACGGUUGUCAGACGGGGAAGAUCCCUGGUCUCAGGUUGAGGAGCUGAAGCAAGAGCUGGGCCAUGAGAAGAAUUUAAAUGCAGAUCUACGUGUACAGCUACAGAAAAUGCAGGAGUCCAACUCUGAGCUGCUUCUGGCUGUGAAGGAUCUUGAUGAAAUGCUGGAGCAGAAGAAUAGAGAUAUGUCCAUUUUGCAAGAAGAAACAGUAGAGGAUCCCCAGGAGGCAGAAUAUGAGCAUGCACUGUCAAAUGUGCACAGUGCUGGACACAAGAUGGACAUGUCUGAAACAAGUUCGUACCAAGAGAAAGAAGACGAGCUUAUGUUGGAUGCAUUGGUGAAGAAGAGUGACGGCAUCGCUAGUUCUGAACUGCAAGAGAAGAUUCUUGAACUGAGUGAUGAAAUUGAGCUGUACAAGAAAGACCGUGAGGAUCUUGAGAUGCAAAUGGAGCAGCUUGCACUUGAUUAUGAGAUUCUGAAGCAAGAGAACCAUGACAUCUCUUCGAGGCUGGAACAAACACAACUUAGAGAGCAGCUAAGGAUGCAGUAUGAGUGUGCCUUCCUCGCUUCCUUCUUUAUACUCUGA